AUGGUACAAUUUACGUUAAAUAUAGCAAUUGUUAAUGGUGCUACAAAAUCUCAACCUCAGGAAUAUCGAGCUUUUUUCAAUGGACCAUCAAAUUAUUAUCAACAACAACAACAACAAAUGACAAAUAUCAACAGUCAAAAAUGGUAUUAUUCAUCUAACAAUCAACCGUCAGCUUAUUCAUGGUAUUGGACAAAUCAAGAUGUACCAUCGAACAAUUUUUAUAAAAAUACAUUACCAUUUAAUCAAGCAGAUCAAUUAUCAAAUUGGGCAUGUGGAAGAAGUCAAAUAUCGAAUCGAUUUGCACGUAUUAUGGGUGGACAAGAUGCUGUACCUCAUUCAUAUCCAUGGAUGGUUUCAUUAACAAAACGUUCUUUAAAUAAUAUACAUUUAUGUGGUGGUACUCUUAUCACACAACGUCAUGUUCUUUCAGCUGCACAUUGUAUGGAAGAUUUUGAUGGACCUUCAGAUUUAAAUAUUAUAGCUGGUACUCAUUAUAAUACUGAUAAACGAAAUCCAGCACCAGUUAUAGCAAUUAAUGUUCAUCCUCAAUAUGAUCCUGAUACAUUUGAGAAUGAUAUUGCAAUCAUAACACUAUUAGCACCAUUACCUGAUAAUGAUCCACGUAUAGGUACAAUUUGUUUACCACCUGAUGAUGUUCCAGGAAGAAAUUAUCCACCUAUAAAAGCAUCUGGUGUUGCUAUUGGUUGGGGAUCGACUUAUUUUGGUGGUAAUCCAUCGACAACACUCAAACAAGUCGUUCUACCAAUUCUUGACGUAAAUAAAUGGCCAUGUAAUAUUUAUAUUACUUAUGCACCAGGACAAAUAUGUGCCGGAGAACUUAGUGGUGGUGCUGAUACAUGUCAAGCUGAUUCAGGUGGACCAAUAAUGAUAGAAAAUGCCAACAAUCGUUGGGAAAUUGUAGGUAUAACAUCAUUUGGCAAAUCAUGUGGUAAGCCAAAUGCGCCUGGAAUUUAUACACGCAAAAAAAAAUCAUAG